AUGGCAUCCACCGAACGGCAACCACUGUUGGACGAGAAGGUUGUCCAUGUUCGUGGAGUGCAGAGCGAGGAUGAAGAUUUGCAAAACUCUAUGAAAUCAGCGAGGCGGAGUCUAAGCGAUAUCCUGCGGCAUGUCAUCAUACUACCCCUUGUCUGCGGCCUCGCUGUGUACGGAUCGUAUACCCUCUGCAAGCAAUACCUCUUCCAGAGCGUCAUGUGGCCAGUGCCAGCACACGAAGGUUCGACUUCAUUCAACUACACAUGCCUACCAGGACAGACUUGUUGGCCAACAACAAACGAUUGGGAGGCUUUCAAUCAGAGUAUCAACGGCAACCUUCGACUGACGGUGCCUUGGGCCGCGCCAUGCUAUUCCGAUCCUUCGAGCAAACAAUGUCGAGACGUUGCAGAGAACUAUGGCGAUGGCGUCUCACGGACUAAGCAGUAUGGUUCCAUGGAGUUCCUCGACUGGGAAAGGUGUGGUCAAUCUCAAUGCGCACUCAACUCUUUCAAUACAUCGGAGGCCGUUUCUGGUACCUGCGCGCUAGGAAGAUUAUCAGCAUACCAUGUGAAAGCUGAGAGUGGGCGUGAUAUUAGCAAGACGCUGGACUUUGUUCGCAAGCAUGGGAUUCGUGUUUCCAUCAAGAAUACUGGACAUGAUUACUACGCACGGUCAACCGCGCCAAACUCGUUGGCUAUCUGGACUCAUAACAUGAAAGACACUAAGUUUCACAAGAGCUUCCAGCCUAAAGGCUGCAAAACUCACUAUGAGAAUAUUGGGGAGAUCGGUGCUGGUGUCCAAGCCCAGGAAGCAUGGGAGGCCUUUGAACCUCACGAUGUGCUUGUCACCGUCGGCGCUGUGGCCUCUGUCGGCAUCGCCGGGGGUUACGGUCAAGGAGGUGGCCAUGGACCACUGGGACCCAAGUAUGGACUCAUGGUCGAUCAAGCAGUCGAGUUCGACGUCGUCACUGCCGAUGGCAAACAACGUACUAUCAAUGAAUGCAGCGACCCAGACCUUUUCUGGGCAAUGCGCGGAGGCGGAGGUGGUAGCUACGCUGUGCUCACGUCCUACAAGUUCCAGCUGCAUCCAGCCGAACCUAUCAACGUGUACAGCUUCCAAGCUCACUUUCCGGAGCCGAAAGAUAUCACCAAGUCGAAGAUACAUCGCGACAUCAUCACUGGGCUUGCCUCGAACCAAACCCUAUUUGCCAAACAUGGAGUCGCCGGAUUCAACUUUGUACUCCCAAAUCAUGUUGUAUUCCUGCAAGUUAUGCCCUCGCGCGACACGUCGGCGAUCAAGAAUAUCACUUCCCAAUGGCACGACUUCCUUACCAACUAUCCCGGUCUCAACAUCACAGAGAACGAGUAUCAUUCCUUCAAGAAGUUCUCGCAAUGGCAUGAAUUUACAGAAAGACCUGAGAUAUCUCGUAAUGGGCCCGUUGGUCUAGGCUUCAACGGCGCGGGGCGCUUCAUCCCUAAGGAUCUCUUUAGUUCAUCUCACAAUAUCGAACGGCUAGUGACUGCAGUCGUCACCGCUAUGCAGUUCUCUCACACCAACCAUGGCGGUGGAGGCGCUCAAUUUUACGCUACUGGGCCCGACAACACUCCCGAUAAUGGUAAGACUAGCGUGAACCCGCUCUGGCGAGACUCGCUAUGGGAAAUAGUGAUGGGCCAAUUCUGGACAACGGCCACGCCUCCAGCUGUGCGCUCGCAGAUUCAGAAGACUGUUUCUGCCACUAUUGAGCACUUGAAGGCUUUGACACCUGGCGGUGGGUGCUACUCGAAUGAGGGUGAUUGGACCGAGGAGAAUUGGCAGCAAACGUUCUUCGGAGAACACUACGACCGAUUGCUAGCUACCAAGAGGCGCUAUGAUCCUACCAGUCUGUUCAACUGUUGGAAGUGUGUGGGGUGGACGGGGUAUGAUGACCCAAUGUAUUCUUGUUAUGCGCAAACUAAACAGGCACCACAGCCCUCCGUACCAUUGGAGCCUGUUGGGUAA